AUGGAUACCUCAGAUCGGGAUCAGGGCCAGCCUCAAACUGCGCCUCCAGCACCGCCAGCGCCAGAGGAGAUCCCUCCUAUCGAUCCCACCGCCAGUAUGCAUGUUAAUGGCAAUGGAAUCCCGCAGUUGUCGGGUCAUCUCCUCAACCCCAUGAAUCCUGAGGCUCUGACCAUGUUGGCCAAUCCCUCGCUUAUGGCAGACCCGUCCAUCAUGGCCAUGCAAAUACCUAUGGCUGACCCUUCUUUCAUGAUGCAGUCCGGUAUGGGUCUACCGAACGGCCAAAACCACGGUUUCGAUGCUCCAGUAGCACCCCCUGCUACUGUCAGCGCCGAUGAGGUCGCUCUCUAUGACCGUCAAAUCCGCCUUUGGGGUAUGGCUGCUCAGGCAAAGAUCCAAAGCGCAAACAUUCUCCUCAUCACCAUCAAGGCUCUCGCCAACGAAAUCGCAAAGAACCUUGUUCUUGCUGGUGUUGGCUCUCUCACUCUACUCGACAGUGCUACUGUCACUGAGGCCGACCGAGGCGCCCAGUUCUUUCUCCCUGAUGGCGAGGAUGUCAUCGGACAGAAUCGAGCUCAGGUUGCCAGUGCUGCCCUUCAGAAGCUCAACCCUCGUGUCCGCGUCCACGUCGAUACAGAGGGCGUCAAGACCAAGGGGCCAAGCUACUUUGCUGCUUACGACAUUGUCAUUGCGACUGAUCUUGACCCUGAGUCCUUCAACAUCAUCAACACCGCCACACGUCUGAACUGCAAAGCAUUCUAUGCUGCUGGCUGUCACGGUCUCUAUGGCUUCAUCUUCAGCGACCUUAUCGAGCACGACUACGUAAUCCAACGUGAUCUAGGAAACGUCUCCACGUCAAACGGACCAGAGACUCGUACGCGCACUAUCGUCAACGUCCAAACUCGCAAGGAGGGGCCCAAGACCAUCGAGUCUGUCACCAAGCGUGAACUAUAUUCCACAUGGUUUCUCGCAAGUGAUGUCGCAGUCCUUCCUUCUGAGUACACCCAAUCCAAGCGGCGACUCAAGAGUGUCACGCCUGCACUGUCUUGUCUCCGCGCUCUCUGGGAGUUUAUGCAGCUCCAGAACGGCCGAGUUCCCAGCAAUCGCGACGAUCUUAAGCUGUUCACGCAAAUUGCUACUCAGAAGCACAAGGCUCUCGGUCUCCCCAGCGAAACCCUUCGUCCCGAGUUUCUGCGCAGUUUCCUCCAGAACCUAGUCAGCGAAAUAUCUCCUGUCUCUGCUAUCCUUGGUGGCCAACUUGCCCAGGACGUCAUCAAUGUCCUUGGACAAACUCAGCAGCCUAUCCAAAACAUGGUCGUCUUUGACGGCACCACCAUGGAGGCGCUCAUGUAUCCUCUGCACCCGGAGGGCUCUCUCGGAGCAUCGCAGCUCACCGACCACACCGUUCCUAGCGGCGCUGCACCUAUGAUUCUGGGCGGUGGCAUGGGCGCUCUGCCUUUAGGCAUUGAUCCAACUGCCAUGGGCGCCCUGCCUCACCACAACAACCCCAUAAUGAUUCCCGGUGGUCUGCCCCAGAACGGCAUCAUCGCUAUGCCAGAUGGCUCUCUCGCUGAUCCCAUACAGCAAUUCAACGCCGUGCCGGUACCUCAGCAAGCUGCCCCCGAGCAAACAGCAGUCGCAGCUGAGCAGCCCGUUCAAGAGACACCAGUGGAUCCCAGCACCUCGGAGACAAAGUAG